AAGAGAAACUCGAAAAUAUCAAUUGAAAUUUCAAAUCGAUUGGAGACAGAAAGAUGAUAUCUCGUCCAACAAUAGUGCUUGGAAGAAUACUUAAACAGCAUAUUGUUAUAACAUCAUUUCGUCAACUCUCUUAUUCCUCUCAAGUACUUUGUAGCAAGAAAGAAUAUUCGCAAGCUGAUUUCGAUAAACGAGUUCAAGAACAAAUUUCCGAAAUUAAUACUGGAGACAAUUUUGUUAGUAAAACAAAAUCGGCCCAUGAACCACCUAUUGGAGCAUCCUCGUUGCCUCAUCCAAUAUGGAGCGAUGACGAAGUGAGAUCCAUCACAAUCACCCAUCGACAACCAAAAGGCUUUAUUGAUUGGUCUGCUUAUCUAACAGUUCAAUUUUUAAGAAAGGGUUUUGAUAUAUUGUCUGGAUAUAACAGAAAACGCGACGAAGGCGUUUGGAUAAAUAGAAUCACAUUUUUGGAAACAGUUGCAGGAGUGCCGGGAAUGGUUGCAGCAAUGGUUAGACAUUUGAAUAGUUUAAGAAGAAUGGAAAGAGAUCACGGAUGGAUACAUACAUUGUUAGAGGAGGCCGAGAAUGAAAGAAUGCACUUGAUGACCGCUCUGCAAUUGAAAAAGCCAUCAUGGAUGUUUAGAGCUGGAGUUGUAGGGACUCAAGGCUUUUUUGUUACAUUUUUCUCUUUGGCAUACCUCAUCUCGCCGAAAUAUUGCCAUCGUUUUGUGGGUUAUUUAGAAGAAGAAGCCGUAGUUACGUAUACAAAGUGUUUACUCGAUAUAGAGAAUGAAAACGGUUGUUUAAAACAUUGGAAAACUACUCCAGCUCCUAAAGUCGCUAUAACGUAUUGGAAGUUAAAACCAACAGCUACUCUUUUGGAUGUAACUCUCGCAAUAAGGGCAGAUGAAGCUCACCAUAGAGUUGUCAAUCAUACAUUAGGAUCUAUGAAGAAAACAGAUUAUAAUCCAUAUAAACCUGGAGAAUAAAAAAAAAUGUGGCUUUUAUAUCAAUCAAUUACGGCUUUACUGUGAGAUUAACUGAUCUGUUAAACAUGUUUUUUUAACUCUCCAUGAGUUUAUUACGUUCAAACUUUUUUUCUUUUACAAAAACAAAAUACAUCACCUCCUGAUGACUUAUAAUUUUAAAAUGAAACCUGCUAGUUGCACUGUACUAUAACACUAUGAUAUUGACAUCAUGCAGUUUGGUAAAUUAUUGGAAAGCGUGAAUUUUAUUUUCAUUUCCCCAUUUUACGCAUCUUGCAUCGUUCACUGUCUAAAGUGCACCAGAAAGAAAUACAAUUAGCACAGAUAUCGAAUUUAAAAUGUUUGGUCAAUUAGUAAUUGGAAGAAUAAAAGAAAUAUUUUUUAUAUAUGAAAUAAAAACUGCUA